UACUUGGUGGAAGAGAAGAAGCAGGUCUUGUUUACUGCCUGAAAUCUUUUGUGGCCCUGACUUCCAAUCAGAGGAUCACAGUUUCCGUGACGUCCACCGGAAAAGAGAGGACGCAAACGCAGCACGUAAAACAAAAUAGAUGCCACCACAAAUCAUAGAGAGAUCAGCGACAGAGGACGUCAAGUCGUCUGCGAACGUAGCCACCAGUGCUCCCAGGCGGAGUGGAGUCAUAUUUGUAAAAGACUGAAAAGCACAGACAACGACUCACCUAGACGGCCCUAGUUAGUUAGCUACAAGAUCAAAUCAGUUAACGUUAUUCCGUCAAUCCAAAAACAAGUCUCAAGAAAAAACGACGUUUCUCAGACUAAAGGUCAGCUCACCAGGCAGCAGACAUCACCAUGGCCCAGGAAACUAAUCAGAGCCCAGUUCCUAUGCUCUGUGCUAAUGGCUGUGGUUUCUAUGGCAACCCUAGGACUAAUGGCAUGUGCUCCGUGUGCCACAAGGAGCACCUGUCAAGACAGAACAAUGGAGGAGUCGGUUCUAUGAGUGUUAUGGGCAGCAGCAGUGGCCCCACAGCCGAGGCUUCUGCCAUCCAGAGGUUAGGGGCCACCUUGAAUAACGCUGCAGCUGCUGCCGUGGCUGCUGCAGAGGUGGCAGCUGAGGCCGCCGCGUCGGCUGAGGCUGCUGCCUCCGUGGCUUUCAGUGGGGUUUCAACUACCAGAUCUGUAACCCAACAGAUGACUGAGAUGAGUCUCUGCUGUGAGGAGAAAGGAGCGUCGGGGAGCAACGUGGAGCUCACAGAGCCAGUGUUGACUCAGCCCACGUUCUCAGCCUCUCAUCCCUCCGCGGCUGGCAGCAGGGAUUCCAAAGCCCCGGAGCCCCCAAAACCCAAGAAGAAUCGCUGCUCUAUGUGCCGCAAAAAGGUUGGCCUUACAGAACGUCCUUGCAUAAAAGAUCCCGCAAAAGGCAUCAGUUUCGACUGCCGCUGUGGGAAUCUGUUCUGUGGACUUCACCGUUACUCCGAUAAGCAUAACUGUCCGUACGACUACAAAGCGGAGGCUGCCGACAAGAUUCGCAAAGAGAACCCCGUGGUCGUUGCCGACAAGAUCCAGAGAAUAUGAAGAGGACGCCGUUUUACUUUUGAACACUGGGAGCGAUCGGCUUCAAAAGAAAAGGAAAAAAAAAUGGACUCAACCCCCAACCUUCUUCCUGAAGGACCUGUUUUUUUUUUUUUUUGUCGUUUGUUACACAUUCAAGACUUUUUCCCUAGUGCAUGAAAAGUUCACCUAUGUUUUUCAGCGUUCAUUCUUGUUUGUAUGAGUUUAUCACUUUUGGGAGGGUUGUUUGUGAGGAUGGGGGGGCGAGAUGCUGUUGUCGGCCAUGCAGGCUGUUUUGUGAUCCUCUGGAACUCUGCCUGGAAAGAGCUCGGACACCUGGGCCUGUUUGGACUCUCCGACUUUUUACUGCCGAUGGCUGAUGGCGCCAUCUCAGCCGUUGCUUGCUCUCUGCUGGCUUGAGUAGCAAAAUGGAUAUUGUCUUUUAUUUUUAUUUUUUUCAGUUUUUGGCCUCCACCUAACUCUGUGAGGUCAGAGUUUAACCCUCCUUACUUGUCAGACUUUGCGUCCCCGGUAAGUUUCAUCAACCUGAAAUGCUUCUCUGUGCCGCUGGAAUCUCAUCUACUCUGCCCACCCCCACGCCGCAACACACAGCUCCGACAUAUUGCUAAAGAGACUUUAAAAGAAGAGACUUUGUCACGAGCCCUUUUUUCUUGCUGGCUCACAUUCGUACCCUCCUGCUGUGUGUGUGUGUGUGUGUGUGUGUGUGUGUGUGUGUGUGCACGCGGCGCUAGAAACCCAACAUAGUUUGACAGUUUACUUGUUUCCUUCUGUUGAUCUCGGGCCGAAUGCUGUGACCCGCUCUGGAUGGCAGGCGUUUCCACUUCCUGCUUUUUUUAGGUCCGUUAAAAAAAAAACCAUCCGCUGAAGUCCCAGGAUGAUUCACGUCGCCUGGCAGUUUAAUGUUUGUUUUUCCAGAAAAGUGGUGUGUAUGCUGCUGUGUUUUGUUGUAUGACAAGUAGCCUAAACUUGUAUUAAUGUUUGCCUUUAGAAGGGUUUAGCUCCACUAAUAUUUUCAUCUUUUACUUCACUAUUGAAUGAUUUCCCUCUUCUUUUUUUUAAUUUUUUUUUUUUUAAAGAAAAUGUGAGCUGACAAAUUCACAAUAUUGGGAGUGUUGGACUGUUGCAUACUGUGUGUGUGUGUGUGUUUGCAGGAGUACAUGUGAACGGCUGGCGUGUGAGUAUCGUAUGAGGUGAAGUGGUUGUGUGCUGUGGUGACUUAGACCUGUGGUCGUAGGUUAUUAAUCAUUUUCAGUUUUUUGAUUUUUGGUCUGGCUGCUUAAUCGGAGUUUUUUUUUUUUU